AUGGGUUGGUUCUGGGCCGAUUCGCAGCCAAAGGCGCCUAUUGUGCCGCACCCUACAACAGCAGGCGGUGUCCCUCCGCCCGGAUGCCCGAUGCAUGAGUCGACUUCAGCAUCCGCUGCUGCGCCAGCCGCGGCACCGAAGAGUGCCGAAUCUCCCAGCAGCUGCCCGAUGCGAUCCACAGAUUCGCCUUUCUACGUUGCUCCGAAAUCCUCGAACGUGGGAGCUCCGCAGGCGCCUGCCGCUCCGCAAAAAUCGUCCGCCCUGUCCAAACUGAACCCGUUGAACUACAUGUUCGCCUCGAUCUCCCAGGAGCGUGCGCCAGAACAGACCGUUGAUCUUUCCGUUGACCGAGAGAUUUCGUCGAUCCCAAGAGGUGACGCCGAGGGUAAAUGGGAAUACCCCUCUGCCCAACAGAUGUACAAUGCUAUGUUGCGUAAAGGAUACACGGACACUCCCCAAGACGCGGUGGAGUCCAUGGUUGCAGUCCACAACUUCCUGAACGAAGGUGCCUGGAACGAGAUCAUUGGCUGGGAGCGCACGUUCGCAAAGGGUCUCGGGGAAGGAUGGGAACGAUGUCGGCGAGGCGAAGAGAACCUGAACUUCCAGCUGAUGAAGGAAGAGAUCAUGGGCACUGUGGACGAGACCACUGAGCCUCGUCUGAUCAGGUUCCAGGGUCGGCCCACGGAGCUGACCCCCAAGGCCCGCAUCUUCCAGGCCCUUGGAUGGGUGUACCCGGCCAAAUUUGAAACCGCCCCGCCCUUCGACCGACACGACUGGUUCGUUCAGCGUCAAACACCUUCUGGCCCGAAGCAGGUCCGCUACGUGAUCGACUACUACUCCGGGGACCCGGAACCGAAUGGCGAGCCCGUCUUCUACCUUGACAUUCGUCCUGCCCUGGACUCCCCUACCGCCGCCGUUGAACGACUGAUGAGAUGGGGAGGUGAUGUUUGGUGGAAAGCCAGUGGUGGUGCUGCCCGUGAACCUGGCCACGGCCACCCAUGA